CGGAAGUAACUGCUAUUGUCACCUGGGCGGACUCCUGAGCUGGGAGCAGUUUGCUGUUGUAGGUGGAAUCGGUCGACACAGCAAGUAUAGUUGUUUAAAAAGAAACCCGUAAGUGCGUUUAUUCGACGCGAAGAACAUUUUGUGGCAUUUCUCCAUUUCAACUCAGCAGUUUUGCUGAAGACAGACGUGACGUAUCCCGAACUAGGAGCGAGCGAGCCGACAUGUUUGUGAGAGAGCUGGUUUCGGUGGCGUUGUUCUUUGUGACCGCAACAAGUGUAAGUGGUUAUUCGGUCACCACAGAUACUCCAAAUGUUAGAGUGAAAGAAAAUCAGGGGGCCGACCUGUCCUGCACAUAUUCAGCAGACUUUGGUUCAAAUCCUAGAAUUGAAUGGAAAUUUCAGAAUCUAAAAGGCUCACAGACAUAUGUGGUCUUUGAUGGGAAGCCAACUGGAUCAUAUGCCAACAGAGUGUCGCUUUAUCAUGGUAAUCUAAGAUUCAACUCAAUGACCCGUCAGGAUAAUGGAAGAUACGACUGUGAGGUGUAUGGGGGCGGCCAGUUUGCAGAAGCCACGGUCCAGGUGGUUGUUGAGGUGGCUCCAUCUCCUCCCAUGUGCAAGGUCCCCUCCUCUGUGAUAACGGGCACCAUGGCUGUGCUGUCCUGCCAUGAUCCUGAUGCAUCACCUCCUCCUACAUACACGUGGUACAAGGGCAACACCCCUCUGCCUGCUGACCCGAACUCUAUUGAUGCCUUCAAGAAUACAACUUACAAACUGAACGUCCAAUCUGGCAAGCUGGAAUUUCCUUCUGCAGCCAAGACCGACUCGGCUCAGUAUUACUGUCAGGUCUCUAAUGGAGUUGGUACACCUCAGAGUUGUAAGGCGAUGAUGAUGGAAGUCCGUGACGUAAACACUGGAGGAAUUGUUGCUGGGGUGAUAGUGUUUCUGCUGCUGCUUCUCCUACUGGGACUUGCCAUUUGGUUUGCCUAUAAGCGAGGAUAUAUUCCCAGUCCAAAGAGGUAAGAACAGUAUAUAUAUUUUUUUCUAUUUAUUAUACUGGUUUCUGUGGGAAUGUAUAUAUUUUUCUGAUAUCUAAAUAUCCAAUGUGUUUUCCCUGCAGCAAGCAAAAGUCUAAUGUGGCGUACCAGCAUUCACAACUGUACAGUGACAGUCCUGAUGGGGAAUUCAAACCAAAGUCGUCAUUUGUGGUAUAGCGUGCAAGCAGAUGUCACUAUAGGAGGAUAUGUAAAUCAUGAAUGUCUCAAUAUGUUUGUUUCUGAAGGAUUAAGUGAUCUCUGUUUAGUUCUCCACACACAGAUUAUGAAACGGCUUUGAGAAAUGGAUAGGUUUUAGUAGAGUGUACACUAUUGACCCAUUUUAACAUCAGGCUUUUUUCCACCUUUUUAUUUGGACUGUGUGUCGUGUUUGUCUCUUUAUAUGGCGUGUUUGUCCUAGUGGCAUUGUUUUUUUGCAUUAUGCUUCUGCUUUAAAUCUUCUGUGUCCUGUAAUUGUAUUUUCUCUGUAGGGAAGGACAUGUUGUGUACAACAGGCAAGCUGGCAAAGACUUAAUACAAGUUAAACUGUGACUUAAAUGUAACCAUAUUUUCCUUUUUUUUAUCUAUAUUUCCUAAUUAAUUUUUAGCCAACAACAAACUUUUGUAAAGUAAAAUUAUUUCUUCUAAUGUUUAACAUUCUUGUUUUUUGUAAAUAGUGUUUCUUUGUGAUUUAGCACAGUUUUGUUUUUUUUUAAUUUAAGCUUCCUGGUCUUUAACUAAACAUCCGCUGCAUUUUACUUCAUUAACUGCAGGUGUGAGGACUGUUUAAAAUGAGUGACAUUAGUGUUGUGGCGGAUUGCAUAGCUAAACAUUAAGUAGUCCAGUUAAUACAUUAGUCUCUUUUAGUGAUUUGGCCUGACAACUGAAUUAUAGCAAGCGCCUAAUGGAAAAACGAUUUUUUUUUUGAUGAUUAACAACAUACUUGUAAGAAAUUCUUAUUAACUAUCAAAAUUUUUGGCCACUACCUUCAAGGACUAUCAUCACAUUUUUUUACCUUACAAAUUCUCAGGUAAGUGUUCAUAUACAUAGACAAUCGGUGAUGUAAAAUAUUUAAAUUAGAGGCCAGACCACAAACUGUUUUUAACUUGCUUCACCCUGAAAGCUUUUAAGCAGAAAUUGUUUUGUUUUGUUGGUAAAUAAAAAGUUUGUUCAA